AAUUUACCCAGGAGCCCUUAAAGGAGCCCCAGGGGCCCCACGGCAGCGUCCCCACCCCGGUCGGCCCCCGCCCGCCGCCGCCGCCGCCGCCCCGGGCCCCGCCAUGGAGCCCCCGGGCCCCCUCCCCGCCCCCGGCCCGCUCCCGGUCCCGGCCAGCCCAGCCCCUUCCCCGCGGGGGCUGCGCCGGAGCCUGGAGACCCAGAAACCCCGGGAGAAACCCCAGGAACGGUGGGAGAAACCCCGGGAGAAACUCCAGGAACGGUGGGAGAAACUCCUGGAGAAACCUCGGGAGCAGCUCUGGGAGCAGCCCCAGAAGCAGCCCUGGGAAGAGCCCCAGAAACCCCAGGAAAAGCCCCAGGAGCACUCUCAGAAGCCCCGGGAGCAGCCCCGGGAGUGGCGGGCGUCGCGGCCGGGCCGGAGCCGCGUCCCGGGCCGGGACCAUCGCCGGUAUUACCACGAGCGCUGGCGCUCCGAGUACCUGAUGGAGUUCAACGCGGCGCGGCACGGCAUGCGCUGCCUGGUGUGCGGCAGCGCGCUGGCCACGCUCAAGCUCAGCACCAUCAAGCGCCACAUCCGCCAGAAACACCCCUACUCGGGGGCGUGGGGGCCCCCCGAGAAGCAGCUGGUGCUGCGCUCCUGGGACGCCCACCUGGGACAGCCCCCCCGGCCCGAGGCACCCCCCGGCGGCGCCCACGGGACAGGGCCCCGUCCCCCGCCCCCGAGGGCCGCCAAGGUGUCCCCAGGGGGGUGGUGGCACUUGGGGACUCGCUGCGGGGCUGGCUGCGGGCGGAGCUGCGGCUGGACCUGGAGGCCGGGGGGCUGCGGCUGCGCUGCCUGCGCUGCUGCCGCGCCCUGCCCUCGCUGCACCUCGGGGACAUCCGGCGGCACGCGCUGGCCGCACACCCCGACAGCCUGCGGGGACAGCGGGGACACCGCGGGGACAGCCACGCCCUGCCAGCCCCCGCCGAGGAGGAGGAGGAGGAGGAUGAAGAGGCCGCAGGGGGGGGGGGCACAGGAGCCCCCGCCUGAUGGGGACACUGCGGGGGGAAGGGACAACAGGGGACACCGGUGACCCCCCCCAGUGUCCCCACAACACGGCCACACCUGUACCCACCCCCCCCCCGGUGUCUCACCCUCGGUGGUGCCUCCACCCCCCCAAUGUCACCGUCACCCCCCCAGUGUCAC